GGGAGUACAAGCCGUUCUGGCCCGCUGAGCCAACCCGCUUCAAUCCAGGGACCAACUUGCUUUUCACAUGCAAGCAGAUAGCUGCCGAAGCGGCCCCGUCGAUGUAUCAUAUAUUCCAGAUACAUGGAGACGAUUUUCACUGGGCCCUGGACAAGCUGGAGCUCAACCUCGCCGCUGUUCGAACCCUCGAUAUCCAUUUCUCCUGCUUCUGCCCUGUGGGAGACAUCAACCUCAGACUGAACAACUUCAGCCUCUACGCCGCGAAAACCUUGGAAGACUAUGCCCAUAGAUAUCCAAGACGGCCGUCGAGUUCCCUCUCCCAGAUCCCUCCCGACUGGUUACGCGACCGCGGGCCCCUCGGGAAUGCAAAACACGAUUGGACAACCGCCAUGAACCGCAUCCAAUCCCUUGCUGGCCUGGUCGAGCUAAAGUGGCAUUCCAAGCCUGCACUCGCGCCAUCUCCUACCAGCAGCGGCGUCGAUUCCUACUCCACGGGCAGACAUGGACUGAUUUCCAUCACCACUGCUGUAUCUCCCUGGAAGACCACUUCCUGGAUCUUCUCGUCAAUUAUCGACGCAUCGACAGACUUCUCCCGUUCGUUACCGUCCCACCCAGCCUGGCAACCCGCCUUGCUCAACCAUAUCCCGGCCGCGGCAUGUCAAUCGAGGCGGUCAGCAAACCGAUGGCUAAAAUCAUCAAGGAUACCGAGGGGGACUGGCAGGCGUGGAGCCGCCGCAGGAAGAACUAGCAUGGUUUGCGGUGGGAACAGACACACUCCUCCCGAACGAUGUUGAGGAUCCAACAUUGCCAUUGCGUCCAGUACCGCACUUCUUGUUGGUCAGGGAGGGCACGGCACGCAUGAAGUUGGCAAAGCAUGUUGAG